AUGGCAGUGGAACUUGUAGAAGCAGCCUUGAAAUCAAAACUAGACAGAUUUCCAUUGGUUUCUAUUAAUGAUGGCAAAAAGCUUUAUGACUUAGCGGAUCUGCUAACAGAAAUUGCUGCAAUUAAAGAGGAUCCUACCUAUGCAACUCUUUUGUCGUACUUCGACUCAUCCAGUGGAAUCCUACCUGUUGUGAAAAAGUUACCGAUGAACCUUCAAGAGAAGUGGAUUACAAGAGCUGCAGCCUAUAAGAGACACAGUGGACUACCACAUCCUCCAUUCAAGUUUUUUGUGGAAUUCAUCGUUGAAACAUUACACAUUGAUUAUGGCAGACCUCAAGGCGGGGAGCAAAAGGAGAAUUCAGAGACCAAGAAAACUGUCAACAACAAGUGCGCCCAGAUUUGCGGUGUUAUUCCUGGAGGUAAAUCAUGUUCCAAGACAAUUCUUGUCAAGGUGUAUGAUAGAGAAAAUCCAGACAAUUUUGUGCGAACAUAUGCCUUGAUUGACGACCAAAUUACAUCAUUGGAUGACAGUACAACUCAUCAAUUACCGCCUGUCAUAGAGUGUGACGCCGUUCCGGAUAAUCGUAAUGAGAUAGCAACACCUGAUAUAGCUAAACGAUUCCCACAUCUUGCAAACAUUGCUAGUCACAUUCCGGAGCUAGACCCUCAAGCAAAGAUACUGCUUCUUAUUGGACGGGAUUUGAUCAUAGCACAUCAUGUUCUCGAUCAGAGAAUCAGCCAUGAUGCUCCAUAUGCUCAGAAGUUGAGUCUAGGUUGGACAAUCAUAGGUGAGACAUGCUUGAACAAGGCUCAUUUACCUGCGACAAUAUCAGUUAACAAGGUAUACCUUCAUAAUGAUGGGAGACCUUCUAUCUUGUUGCUUUGUAACAGCUCACUCACAGUUAAGGCUCCUCCUGUUGACGAAGAUGAUAUGUCUUCCAUAUUUGAAAGAACACCAAAUGAUGAUAAGCCAGGACCUUCACAGGAAGAUAAUAUAUUCCUAGGAAUCAUGGUAAGUAAGUUCCAUCGCAACUCUUUAGGGGAAUGGACGGCUCCCCUGCCGUUUAAGCCUGGACGACCCAGACUUCCAAACAAUUAUUCUCAAGCUAUCAAGAGAGCCAGAUCUCUCGACACCAAUCUUAGGAAGAAUCCUACCAAAAUGGACCAUGCCCUAACCUUUAUGGAAGGGAUAUUGUCUAAAGGGCAUGCCGAAGUUGCCCCAUCUUUAGAAUCAGACGAUGAGUGUUGGUAUUUGCCAAUAUUUGCCAUUUACCAUCCAAAGAAGCCAAACAAAAUUAGAAUGGUCUUUGACUCUUCUGCCUCGUAUGAGGGAAUUUCGUUGAACUCGGUGCUGCUCUCAGGACCAGACUUAACCAAUAACCUACUCGGUGUGCUUCUUCGUUUUCGCAAGGAGAGAACUGCACUAAUGGCGGACAUUGAACAAAUGUUUUAUUGUUUCCGUGUGUCCAGAGAACAUCAAAAUUACUUGCGCUUCCUAUGGUACAGGAACAAUGACCCAUCGGAUAGACUUAUCGAAUAUAGAAUGACGGUGCAUGUUUUCGGUAACACGCCCUCGCCCUCUGUUGCGACAUAUGGCUUGAGACAAUCUGUUGCUGACCAUCCGGAUCCUGAAAUCAGAGAAAUAGUACAGAGAAACUUCUAUGUUGAUGAUUUGUUGGUGUCAAUGCCGCAUGAGAAGCAAACUGUUGAGCUCAUCAAGAAGACUCAGAAGGCAUUGAUGGAAGGCGGGAAGUUGAGAUUACACAAAGUAGCCUCCAAUUCUCAAGAAGUAAUGAGUGCAUUUGAAGAAGAAGUAAGAGCCAAGGACUUGGAGUGCAUUGACUUGAGACUAGAUGAGGCACCCUUACAGAAAAGUCUAGGACUUACUUGGGACUUACAGGCGGAUUCCUUUAAGGUAGAUGUGACUAUGGAGUCCAAACCCUUCACGAAACGUGGGAUGCUGUCCACGUUAAACAGUCUCUAUGAUCCCUUUGGAUUCAUCGGUCCUGUGACACUCAGAGGAAAAAUGCUGUUUCGUAAGGCCUUGGAUUUGUCAUCUGAUUGGGAUGAUCCUCUUACUGAGUUUGAGAAUGAAUGGAGAAAUUGGUGUGAUUCACUUCAAGAUUUAUCUCAUAUUAGUGUUCCUCGGUCUUACACGUCUUCAGGUUUGCAAAACUCUUCUAGAGUAGAAGUUCAUGUAUUUUGUGAUGCCUCCGAGUUGGCCAUCUCUGCGGUUGCCUAUCUAAAAGUACUGUACACGGAACAUGCAGAAACUGGAUUCUUGCUUGGAAAAUCGAAGUUGGCACCUACACAUGGACACACAGUUCCCCGACUGGAACUUUGUGCAGCUGUACUUGCAAGUGAAAUUGCUACCAUUGUGACAGACAACUUAGACCACAAAGUGGACCAUACUCAGUUCUAUUCCGACAGUCGCAUAGUGUUAGGUUACCUUUACAAUACUUCAAGAAGGUUUUAUACCUAUGUGUCUAACAGAGUACAGAAGAUACUUAAGGUUGCUCCAGCCAAUCAUUGGUCUUAUGUGCAGUCAGAAAAGAAUCCAGCAGAUAUUGGAUCAAGAUCAAUUGCUGCAAGAGAUCUCCAAGGAAGUAAGUGGAUUAAGGGACCUGACAGUCUCCUUAAGACUAAAGACUGCAAUGAAGUGUUUCCUUUAGUGGAUGCUGAGAAUGAUAGUAAUGUAAGACCACAACUAUCAAGCUUAAAGACUGUUACAAAGAAGCCAUUUGGAGUAGAACGAUUUGAUAGAUUUUCAACAUGGAACUCAUUGGUCAAUGCCUUGAGCGCACUGAGAUAUAGAAUAUUGAAGAAGCAUGGAGUUGAGAGUGAUAGAUUUUCCUCAAGUUUCCGUCGGUUUGCAGAAGUGUUCAUUGUUCGGACAAUUCAGCAGGAGACCUUUCAUCAGGAAAUAUCAUGUCUUCAAUCUGGAAGGACCAUUUCAAAGGACAGUUCUAUUAUCAACCUCGACCCUUACCUAGAUGAUGAUUCUAUUCUGCGAGUGGGUGGACGACUGCAAGCUGCUGACAUAGAACAUAACCUUAAGAACCCCUGCAUCAUCCCUCGUUCGCACAUAGGUAGACUCCUCAUUAGCCAUCAUCAUGACUUGGUACAUCAUCAGGGAAGGCACUAUACAGAAGGAGCAGUACGAAGUGCGGGUUACUGGAUUGUCGGUUGCAAGAAGCUAGUGUCCUCUGUCAUCUUUAACUGCGUUACAUGCCGCAAGUUGCGUGGACGAUUAGAACAACAGAAAAUGGCAGACCUGCCAUUUGUCCGAGUUAGACAGUCUCCACCAUUUACCUAUGUGGGUGUUGACAUGUUUGGUCACUGGGAGAUAGUGACCCGGAAGACGCGUGGAGGAAGUGCAAAUAGCAAGCGGUGGGCUAUAAUGUUCACAUGCCUCUCUUCCAGAGCUUCCCAUAUUGAAGUGGUGGAAGAUAUGUCGUCCUCGGCCUUUAUCAAUGCCCUUCGCCGAUUCAUAUCUAUUCGGGGAAAAGUUGCAGAGUUUAGUUCUGAUAGGGGCACAAACUUUGUCGGAAGCACGGAUGCAUUGGGUAUUGAUGCUGUGAAUGUAGAGGACCAACCCCUCAGGAAGUUCUUGAGCAAAAAUGGUUGCUGUUGGAUAUUUAACAUUCCAUACUCUUCCCAUAUGGGUGGUGUAUGGGAAAGAGUUAUUGGAUUUGCUAGACGAAUUUUAGAUGCCAUUCUCCUGAAGCAACCUAAGCGCCAACUUACCCAUGAUGUCCUUGUAACGUUGAUGGCAGAGGUUACAGCAAUACUCAACAACCGACCAUUGGUUCCUGUUUCCACUGACCCUAGCAAUCCAUUAAUACUUACCCCGAAUAUGCUGCUAACUCAGAAGACAGAAGCUGAUCUUCCACCGUUUCAUGAACUUGAUGUAAGAGACAUGUAUGUGUCUAGCUGGAAACAGGUACAAGUCCUUGCUCAGCAGUUUUGGAAGCGCUGGCACAAUGAGUAUCUCCAACUUCUCCAACAACGACGAAAGUGGACAGAUUCUAAGGACAAUCUACGGAUUGAUGAUCAAGGUCCGCAAGAUAGAAGUUCGCACAAGCAGAGGCGGACAGCGUGUCCAUUACGUACGACCAGUUACAGAAGUAGUUCUUUUAGUGCCACACCGUGA